AUGUCCAAAGACAAAAGACAGGCCGAGGGCGCCUGUUCAGCCCUGCCGGAGAGACUGCUUCUUUCUGAACCACCCCGGGUCUUACCCUUACUUUUGGGCAGACAGACAGACAGACAGACCAUCGAAGAAGAUGAAGAAAAAAAGGACCGAAAGAGAGAGACUUCCUCAGGAGAGACACGUGGCAGACAUCCGCAUGAAGCAAGGAAAAAGAACAAGUUUAAGUCACAGCUUGCUACUGUUGCUGCUAGUACUGCUGCUGGUACUGUUGCUGCUUGUGGCAUCCUUCAGUUGCAAGACCUUCUCCCAGGCCUUGCGGGCAAAGGGGCUCAUCAGACUGGCAUACUCCCUCGCCCUCGCACUGCUUGCCUGUCUCAGCGCAUACCUCGCUGCGAUCCCUUGCAUGAUAAUCGAGCCCCGGAAGGCGUGGAACGCAUCUCCCCAGCCCAGCUCUCGCCCGCUGACUGCCCACCCGCUCACUUCCCCAUACCACCUCACACACUCGUCUCGCGUCGGCAGCCCUUCGAUCCCCUCGCUCCUGAACCUCGUCUCCGCCGGGCCGCCCUCGACGUUGGCAUAGGGGCCCGUAAGAUUGCACAGGUCUGA